AUGUUUAGCAUGUUUCUGGCGUGCCGAGCUCAUCCGGCACACGUGGCAUACAAGCAGGCGGCACGGGCGGCGCCCCGGCUUCUUGGCGGCCGCCCGUUGCGCGUGGCCCGGCCACACGUGCCCCUCCUUGUGCACCUCGGCGCGUACGCCCCAACGCGGCCGUUUUCAGUGGCCCCCGAACGCCCCCAAAACGCGCCGGCAGUCGGCCCCUCGCGGCGGCACGUGAAAGCGGCCAGCCGCAAUGGCCAGACGCCCGAAAGCGGCGCCGAAAGCGCAACCCCGCCGCGCAAGCGCUCCGUGUGGGCGGAAAUCGCGCGGCUUUUCCGCUUGGCACGGCCCGAGUACGCCACGCUCGCGGCGGCGCUCGUAUGCCUCGUGGCCACGAGCGCCGUGUCCAUGCUGCUCCCGUUGAUCAUCGGCAGGAUCAUCGACACGGCGCGGCAGGCCGAGGCCGGCGGGUCUGGCUUGCCCGGCGCGGCCACGGGCGGCGCCAUGGACGUGUUUGGGCUAGCGCCCGAGCAGUUCUACGCGGGCCUCGCGGCGGUGUUUGCCGCGGGUGCCGUGGCCAACUACGGGCGCAUCUACUUGCUCCGGGCCGUGGGCGAGCGGCUCGUGGCGCGGCUCCGCGCGCGGCUCUUCGCCAAGAUCUUGGCGCAGGACCUGUAUUUCUUCGACGUGGGCCCGCGCGGCACGGGCAUGAAGACCGGCGACUUGAUCUCGCGGCUCUCCAGCGACACGCAGAUGAUCAGCAAGUCGUUGAGCGGCAACGUGAGCGACGGCGCGCGCGCGCUCAUCUCGGGCGUGGUGGGGCUCCUGAUGAUGUGGUGGGUGUCGUGGAAGUUGACGCUCUGCAUGAGCCUCAUCUUCCCGCCGCUCAUCCUCAUGUCCACGGUGUACGGGCGCCGCAUCAAGCGGCUCUCGCGCACCAUCCAGGAGUGCUUGGGCGCGUUGACCAAGGUGCUGGAGGAGAAGCUCAACGGCGUCAAGACCAUCCAGAGCUUUGCGCAGCAGCGCGCGGUGUUGCACAGCUACGACCACGAGGUGCGCAGCAUCUUCGCGCAGUCCAUGCUGGAGGGCCGCGCCAGCGGCGUGUACUACAGCGUCAACGGCUUCCUCGGCAACACCAUGAUCGUGGGGCUCCUUGUGGUAGGCUCGCGCCUCAUUGCGACGGGCGACAUCUCUAUCGGCGACCUCUCCAGCUUCAUGAUGUACGCGGUGUACACGGGCAGCUCCGUGUUCGGCCUCGGCAACUUCUACACGGAGCUCAUGAAAGGCGUGGGCGCGGCGGAGCGCAUUUUCGAGCUCGUGGACCUGAAGCCACGCAUCCCGCUCUCCAUCGGCAAGAAGGACUGCGACUUGCGCGGCGACGUGGUGUUCCGCAACGUCGACUUCACCUACCCCUCGCGCCCGGACUCGCCGGUGUUCCGCGGCUUGAACCUCCACGUGCGCCGCGGCGAGCACGUGUGCUUGGUUGGGCCCAGCGGCUCGGGCAAGUCCACCGUGUCGCAGUUGCUCUUGCGUUUCUACGACGCCGAUGCGGGCGACAUCGCGGUCAACGGGCACAGCAUCCGCAGCUUGAACGUCAACGCGUUCCGCCGCAGCGUGGGCUACGUGCAGCAGGAGCCGUUGCUUUUCAGCGGCACCAUCCGCGACAACAUCACCUUCGGCAAGCCCGGCAGCACCGCCGCGGAGAUCGACCGCGCGGCGCGCCUCGCCAACUGCCUGGGCUUCAUCAACGCGUUCCCGGACAAGUUGGACACCGUGGUCGGGCCCUCGUCCAGCGGCAGCGCGCAGCUCAGCGGCGGGCAGAAGCAGCGCAUCUCGUUGGCCCGCACGUUGGUCAAGGAGCCCGAGCUCCUCAUCUUGGACGAGGCCACCUCGGCGCUCGACUCGCGCCUGGAGGAGAUUGUCAUGAGGAACUUGACCGAGCUCGCGCAGACCCGCCCGCUCACCAUCAUCCUGAUUGCGCACCGGCUCUCGACCAUCCAGAACAGCGAGCGCAUCGUGGUGUUUGACGGGCGCGGGAACGUGGUGGAAGACGGCAGGUUCGAGGAGCUCAUUUCCGACGCGCUGAGCAGCCUCAACCGGAUCUUGAAGACCGACGAGUUCACCGAGGAGGGGUAG